UAGUAAUUUCAAGAUAUAUUCUCCUAAAUCUAUUCAAUAUACAUCCCUUAGAUAACAAAGAUACAAAAGUAUACAAUUUAUUGAUUAGUUUAAUUACAAAAGUAUUGGUGUAAAAUACUAAAUUACAAAGUUCUUAUAAAAAUGUAUAUGAUAAAUUAAAGAGAAAAAAAGUACUCAGAUUAUGGUAAGAUGGUAAGGCUAAAAAAAUGACAUGUAGUGUCACCAACUAGUAAAAAGUGCUCCAAAAGUUUAUAGAUCUGAUGUUGAUCUUACCCAUAUUUGAUGAAGUCUAUAACAACUUACGAGUUCCCCGUAACCCCAUGGCUUGAAAAUUAAAAUCAGAAUAAGUUUCCAUAAUUAGUAUACCACUAUUGGUACAUAGUAGUGGCUCAAACAUAUACUUGCAAGAGGGAUCUUACAUUCUGCAAAAAGUUCACUUGUAACUUGUAAUUAAUCGAUUAUAUUGCCCACCCCUAAUCAUGACACCCCAUCCCCCCUCAAACUGAUUUACUUUCAAGAAAAAUUUUAAGGAGGCAUCAAAGCUUCGGUACAAUUUGAGCAAAGUGCCAAAAUUAAAGGCACUCGCUUAUAGAAAGUUCUGAACAAAGUUUUACUUUUUAUUUAUUUUUUUUUUAUUUUAAAUCGUGACCUGCAUACCAAACUAAGAAGCUAGAACGGUGUCUACCAGUUGAAUUCCUCUUUAUCCCAGCUAAAUAGUGGCGUGCCGAUGGAGGGGACCGGACCCCUCCACCGAGCCAUUAAAAUAAAAUAAUGUUCUAUAAAAAAAUCAAAUUUAUAUCUUGCAAAAUAGAAAUAGAAUUUAAUUGUAAGGUCAAUUGCUAACUUAUAAAAAAAUUAACCACCGCUACAUUGGAGGAAGGGUGAUUUUUUAACAUGCAUGUUUUGCAUCAAUAUUCGAACAAGUGUGUUAAAAUAAUGCAAAACCUACAAACGUCCUUAUUUUUUUAUACACACAUAUAACCUUCAUAAACACCUCGCUAGAAUUUCAGCUUAAUGCUCUUAUUAUUUUGGUGUGAAUGAUUUUCUAAACACACAUGUUUUUCGUCAAUAUUCGAAUAUGUUUGGUGCCAUGUAAUUCCAAUUCUGUGUGACCCAGCCAAGUCUUGAUUCUUUUCUACAUACAUCUAACCUCAUAAACAUCUCGUUAGUAUUUCAGCUCAAUACUCCUAUUAUUUUGGUGUGGAUGAUAUUUUGAACAUGCAUAUGUUUUUAUUAAUAUUCAAACGUGCCACGUGUUUCCAAUACGUGUAAAACCCAGCAGUUCUGAUUUUUUUUACAUAAUUUAACUUUCAUAAACAUCUCUAGAAUUUCAGUUCAAUGCUCCUAUUAAUUUGGUGUGGAUCAAUAUUCGAAUAUUCCGUGGACUUAUGUCUCAAUCCCCCAGAGCAAAAUUCAGGGCACGCUACUGGAGCGAAGUAUUACUUCAUUAGUUGUUGCAUAGUUUAAUUUCAUAAAAAUCAAAAUCUAAAAAAAAAAUAUGAAAAUUCUAAAUAUUUCCGUAAAUAAAUUAGUUAUUUAAAAAACAAUAUCAGUAUUUGGCAAUGAAAUGUUUUCAUCAAUAUCAUUUAUCAUACUGUUUUUCAUACUUGUUUAAAAAUAUAUAUUUUUUCAAUAAUGCCUUUUAUCUAAUUAAUGUGAAUAUAUAUAAUUUUAAAUAAUUAUAUACACAAACACCUUUACAAAACGCUAUAGCAGUGUGUUAAAAACAAAUUUAUGAAAUAGAAGAUUAGUCACAUUGAUUGAGAAGAAAGUGACAUAUCACUAUUUUUAAUUAGAGGUUAAUGUUAAAAAUUUAGAAUUUACUGAUAUAUUAUUGAAAACUUUUGAACAUGUCUAAAGAAUUAGAUUACGAAUCUUUGGAACCUUCAUUAAAAAAUGUAAUUGAUCAAACGACAUUAAAAUGGAUUUUUGUUGGUGGCAAAGGUGGUGUUGGCAAAACAACUUGUAGUUGUAGUUUAGCAGUGCAACUAUCAAAAGUGAGAAAAAGUGUUUUGAUUUUAUCUACAGAUCCUGCUCAUAACAUAUCUGAUGCCUUUGAUCAGAAGUUCACCAAAGUUCCCACACUUGUUAAAGGAUUUAACAAUUUAUAUGCAAUGGAAAUAGAUCCGAAUGUAGGAUUUAAUGAAUUACCAGAUGAAUAUUUUGAUGGUGAACCCGAUGCAAUGAAAAUGAGCAAAGGGAUAAUUCAAGAAAUUAUUGGUGCAUUUCCAGGUAUAGAUGAAGCUAUGAGUUAUGCAGAAGUUAUGAAACUUAUAAAAGGCAUGAAUUUUUCUGUAGUUGUCUUUGAUACAGCACCAACUGGCCAUACUUUACGUUUACUAUCAUUUCCUCAGGUAGUAGAAAAAGGACUGGGAAAAUUAUUAAGGCUCAAGUUGAAAGUAACACCUUUAAUAUCACAAAUAAGUGGUCUUUUGGGUAUUCCUGAUUUCAGUGCUGAUAAUUUUUCAUCAAAAAUGGAAGAAAUGCUAAAUGUUAUCAAACAAGUAAAUGAGCAGUUUAAAAAUCCGGAUCAAACUACUUUUGUCUGUGUUUGUAUAGCAGAAUUUUUAUCUUUAUAUGAAACAGAGAGGUUGGUUCAAGAAUUAACAAAAUGCAAAAUUGAUACACACAAUAUAAUUGUUAACCAAUUAUUAUUUAACAAAAAUAAUACCGAUUGUAAAAUGUGCGCUUCUAGAUUUAAAAUUCAGGAAAAAUAUUUAGAUCAAAUUAAUGAUUUAUAUGAAGAUUUUCAUGUUACAAAGUUACCUCUUCUGGAGAAAGAAGUUAGAGGAACUGAGAGUGUAAUGAGAUUUUCUGAAAAUCUAAUAAAACCAUUUACCGGUUAGCAUUUUACCUAUUCCAUUAUUUUUAUUGUGCACAACUAUAAAAUAGGAUGUACACAUUUAUUGGUGGGUUAUAGAAAAAUAUGGAGACUUGAACAACUAAAAAUGUUUUGGUGGAGAGUAUUUUUUAUAUUUCUACAGCUUCCAUUUAAAUGUUUUAUGAUGUAGCAAACUAAUAUUAUCUCUUGUAAUGUGGUAAAUAUAUUAGUUUUACUUAUUUUUUGUGGAUAUUACUUUUCACAAUAAGAGUUUAAUUAGAAACAGAUAUUAUAUGAUAAUAGACAAACUUUUAUCCAGAAACUAAUCCAUACUACAGAUACUAAAUGUGAUUUUGUCCUCAUAAGAGAGUUGAGCUAGCACAAUAUAAUGCUUAGUAUAUUCGACUAAUUAGCUCCAGUUUGAACACUAUAGUAUGUAGCUGCAUUGGAUGUGAUCGACAUACAAAAAGAGAGACUAGAUGUACUUUAUUGCAAUUGAUGAUUCUUUUAUUUCUACCAAAUCGUCCUACUUCACUACAAAAAUGAAUAAUGUGAUUGGAUAAAAUGGAAAUAAAAUCACUUCUAAUAUCUGGAUAUACCUUAUUGUAAUUGAUGAUUCUUUUGUUUCCACCAAGGCGUCCUAUUUCACUACAACAAGUUUGUUCAUUAUCUCUUCUCAUAUGACUUUAUAUCCUUUUAAUGCUUUCAUUUCUUUCCAAAUAGUAUAGAUGGUAAAUUAUUUCGUAUGCGGCGAUUCAACAUUCUAUUUCCAGAGAUUUCUUUCCAUAGAUAUUCUUUUUUGACUUUACCAGUGUUUCGUUAACAUAGGAUGUUCUUAGAAGUAUCAAAACCCCACUUAUCAGGAAAAUUUAUCAGUUUGGUGUUCGCAGGUAGCAUUUUUUUUAGGUGUGCUUUGAAAACUGACUUAACAAUGUGAUCUAAAUUUAAAGUGGAUUAGAUGGACAUAAAAUUACAUCUAAUACCUGUAGUUUGAAUUUGUUAAAAAAAUUUCUGGAUAGCCUUGGAUGUUUCAAAAAAACUCAGUGCUGUUGCAUUAAUGUGUUUGUCAUCUAUAAUGUUCAUUUUUUAACCUAAGAAACAUGAUUGUAUAUUUUCCAUUCUUUAUACAUGAUGUGCCCCUUUUCAACCACUUUACGGAAUAAUCUAGUCCACUAAUAUUAAGAGAGAAAUAUUUUUUGGUUUGUUAUUGAAAUGAUUACAACAAUUAAAAGGAAAAACUAGAAUAAUAACAAUAAUUAUUGUAAUUCACUUAGGAUAACAACCAAUGAAAACUGUUAACAAACAAAAAUGUCAACUUGUUGAAAUAAUGUGACAGGAGGCAUAUCUAAGUAAGUUAUUUUAUAUAUUCCAAAUUAAAUAUUUAAGUACUUUAUUAUAAAAUAUGUUAAUUUUUUAUAUAGGUAUUAGAAAAAUAUCGGUUUUUAUUAUCAGGAAUUAAAUUUUACCAGUUUUUUGGAGAUUUGUCCACGUCCAAGAUGUUUUUGUUUGUUGUAUCUCUGCAUAUCAAAAGAGACCUAUAGAAAUAUUUUGAUGUUCAAAUAUUUGUUAGUUAUAUUUAUUUAAUGGUAUUUUCUAUUUUAAUUACAAUUUUAAAUUAUUGUGAUCUGUUAAUAAAUAUCUAAUAAAAUAAA